AUGAAAGGAAUUUAGUUAUAGAACCAACUUAAAAAUGAAAAGAAGAUGAACAUCAAAAGUUUCUACAUAGUCGGUUUGAUUGGUGAAGGUGCCUAUUCUGAGGUUUACGAAGCUAUUUACUUAAAAAAUAAUAAAAAGGUAGCCAUCAAAAAGGUUUAUAAAGAAUCAAUCACUCUAUCGAACAAAUAAUCAGAGAUUUAUAUUGAAAGACAUAUGAUGAAGCAGUAUUCAUAAAAGUAUCCAAGCAUGGUUGAAUUUAUUGGCAGCUUUUAAGACAAACAAUACCUUUAUUUCGUAAGUGAACAUUGUCCUUUUGGAGAUUUAGGCAAUAUCAUAUAUGACAUCUAUCAAUUUUACAGAAAUACUAAAUCUGAAGAGCUUGAAUAUUUCAUUAAAGUUUACAUCUAUCAAAUAACUUAAGCAAUUAUCUAUUUGCACAAUGAGGGCAUAGCUCAUUUGGAUAUUAAACCUAAAAAUAUUUUAAUAGAUAAAAAUUACAACCUUAAAUUGACGGAUUUUGCAACUUGCUAUUUUUUUGAAGAGCACAAAUAGCCCCCUGAUUUAAUUGAUUAGAUAAGGAAGUUUUAGCAGAGUCACGUGAGGUCCAUCAAAAAAAUUGAGAGCGAAUCAACCUAAUACAGAUCAAACUUUGUUGGAACUCCAGAAUACAUUUCACCUGAAAUGCUCAAUAAUAGCAGAGCAUCUAAGGAGGCUGAUUUAUGGGCUCUUGGUUGUAUAGUGUACGAGUUUUAUCAUGGAAAAUAGCCUUUCACUGAUAUUAGUGAAAAUGCAAUUUUCAACAAUAUCUUAACUCUCAAUUAUCAAUUAGACAAAUCAAUUCCCUAACCUGCCUAAGAUCUCAUCAGAUCUUUAUUGGUGUUAAACCCAUCCGAAAGACUAGGACAAGAAGAUACAAAAUUGAUUAUUUAACAUUAAUAUUUUUAGGGUAUUAAAGAGGACUAUAUUCCUUGGCAAACCGAAAUAGAAAUUCCAUUUGAAUAUCAAGGAUUAUUUUAAGAGAUUAUCCCUAGUUAAAGUAAAUCAAGUAUUUUAUGGGAGUUUACACCUGCAAAUAUUUAGAUGAAAUAAGAUCUAGUUAAGAAAAAAUAAGAUAGAUUAAAAACCAUUAUGGAGGAACUUGAUGAAGCCGUAACACCCAUCCCAAACGUAUUAAUAAGACCGUAAAAAAUUUAUUGCUCUCCCAAUCAACCCAUUUUUAAACCUGAUCGAACGAUAAAUCAAUCUCCAAGUAAUUAGGAUACAGAGUCUCAUUGUAAUUCAGUAUUUAAGCAUUUCGACAAAUGCGUUGGUUUUAUUUAUUUGAACACAAAUAGGUGGUUCUGUAUACCCUAAAUCGCAAUACUGUUUGGAUACUUAAAGCCUCCCUGUUUAUUGAUAGAUUUUAUAAAAGGAGAAAAAAAAUAUUUACCUAUUGACGAUACAAUAAAGAUAUCAAAUGAUGGUGUUCAUUAUGUACCUAGUUUAGAAAUUAUAAGAUUUUAGAAUCUUCCUCGUUCUUCUAUAAAUUUAAAGAUGCAGAAGCUCGGCCUAUAAAUUGGAUCCAGGUAGUUCAAUCAAUAAAAAAUGAAUAUCUUAAUCAAUGAUUUUAAUAUUUUUAUUCAUACUGCACAUUCCACCAUAAUUCUUUGUCAAUACACAGGGUGA